UGUAUUCUAUUUUAGUUAUUUUAUUUUUAUCUUUACAAAUCAACUAAAUUCGAGCAGCUGAUAGGAGAUUUGGAACUUGUACAGUACAUAGCUGGUUAAAGAGUCGAUUAUGACUGACACAUGUAUCAAUUCUCAAGAGAUCCAUAAAUCUGGAGAACAAUAUUACACAUGCGAAAUUUGCAACCUAUCCCUUGAUAACGAGGAACAGUUGGUCGCACAACAUAAAGCACUUCACGACGAAGGCGGUUUAUAUAAAUGCGACGAUUGUGACAAGACAUUCCCUUCUGCUAAUGCACUCGAGGCACACAUGCAACGGAAUGUCAAGCUGAUGGAAAACUCUCAUAAACUGCACAAAUGCGACGAUUGCAACAAGGCGUUCCACUCACUAAAGGGCUUGACCUGCCAUAGAAAAACGCACACAGAGGCGAUCUUCGAGUGCGCGUCUUGUAACAAGCUGUUUGCAAAUGCAGCCGAGUUACGGGCCCACAGGAGAACGCACGCCUUGCAGGUAUGCGAUAUUUGUGGCAAGUCGUUCGCUGGUUCGUCCGGGCUGAUCCGUCACAAACGAACACACACGGGAGAAAAGCCGUUCAAAUGUGACGUGUGCGAAAAGGGUUUCGCCCAGUCCAUCCACCUCAUAGGACAUAAGAGAACGCAUACGGGAGACAAACCGUACGCUUGCGACGUGUGCACAAAGACGUUCCGCCUUUCGGGCGAUCUACUGCAUCAUAAAAGGAUGCAUACUGGAGAAAAGAGGUUCAAGUGCGACGAAUGUGGCAAGGCGUACUACGUUGCGAACCAGUUGACUCGUCAUAAGAGAACGCACACAGGAGACAAACCCUACAGUUGUGGUAUCUGCGAGAAGACCUUCACCUAUUCGAGUGCGGCUUCAAAACAUCGCCGAACACAUGAAAAGAUUAAAGCUUUCAAGUGCGAUGCUUGCGAUAGGGCAUUUCCAACCGCGGAUGGCAUGGAACUGCACAAAAAAUCGCAUGUUGACGCGAAUUAGUUGUGAAUCUAUGCUCACAAACACUGGCAUACAGCUAAUUCAGUCAACUAUAAAGGUUGCAUCAACUUUUAACAACUGUUAGCAUCAUGGGGUUACAGAAGGUUGUAGAUACAGGUUGUUUGCAGGUUUAUCAAAUUAAAGUUAAAUGUUGGUUUUAUUUGUUAUACACUCUAUGUAUGACUGAUAUAUGUGUACAGAAGCGUCCACCGAUGCGUUGGCAUUGCUGUUGAUAUUAAUUUGGCUUUCUAAAGUUUUAUUUUAUGGUUUUGAAAGCGGUCAUUUGGAAGGCGUUUGAUUGCUUGAUACUGAUAGGUCAACUCUGCCGCAGGCUUUCCAAAAGAAGUGUUCUCUCAGAAGAAGCCACAGUUGUCUUGUGCUUCCAACCUUUCAGGAAUUUAAAAUGCUUCCAAACCAAACAGCAGAAUUGAGCGAAAUAU